AUGUGGGGCUUUAGAAAUAUCUAUUAUUCAUUUAUAAAUCCUUUUCUUCUCUACCUCCAGUCUGCCUCUUUUUUCUCUGCGUCUUUCUCAUUUUUCUGUCUUUCCUUCAUCUAUCAUCCUCUCGUAGUUAUCUCUCCAUUUUUAUUGAAUCUCUCUUUCUUUUUCCUUUUUUCCGUUUUACUAUCAUCUAUCUUCCUUGAUCUGCCGUUUCAGUCUGUUUUGUCGCUUUUCUUCAGUUUAUCACUAUCGCCCUUCCUUUUAUUAGUUUCUCUUUUAUCUUUCAAUAUUUAUCAGUUCAAUGCCUUUUUAUUUUUCUCCCUCCUUCUUUUUCGUUCUGUCUAUCUAUUUAUUAUAGGUGUCACUGUUCAUAGUCUCUGUAUGUCUAUCUUCUUUUUUUCUGAUAGUAUAUUUUUCAUCUAUCAAUCUCUUUCAGAGGCCCCUCUCGCUUGUCGAUGUUUAUUUAUCCUGCCUGGAUUUAUCACUCUCUCACAGUUAACUCUAUCAUUCUACUAUUUCUCUCUCUCCCUCCCUCUCUCUCUCUCUCUCUUUCUCUUGACACAGUCAUUCGUCUAUGUCUACUUUCUUCACUGUUGCCCUUAUUUCGUCUGUCUCUACAUAUCUAUCUUCCUUUAUUGGAUCUAUCUAUCUUUUAUCUACCAAUCUCUCUCACGUCUCUCUAUUCUUCUUCUUCUUCUUCUCCCUCGUUAUAUUGCCACCCUUUCAUCUCAUUUUUCCGUCUCUCUACCUUCGUCUUUGAUAGAGAGAGGAAAUAUUUUGGUCCUCUUUCUUCUGUCUGUGCGUCUCUCUAUCUUCUUUUCUUCUAUCCACUCUCUUUCUCCUGUUAAUCUCUUGCAGUCUCUCUUUUUCUUCCCCACCCUUUCUUUCAUCUAUUUGCAUUUCUUCUAUCGUGUGUUCCUCCCACUUUCAUUCCCUCCGCCUAUCACUAUUUCCUCUGUCAUUCCUUCUUUUCCCUCGAUUUUCUACUUGAUAUUAACUUUUCAUUGCCACUAA